UUCCCGUGCCGCUCAACCGCCAUUUCUUUUCGUGCUAACCUUUGUGAGUGCAAAAUGGGUUUCCAAAAUAUCUGGUAUUCUCACCCUCGUAAAUACGGCCAAGGAUCAAGAUCAUGCCGCUCCUGCUCCAACGGGCAUGGACUUAUCCGCAAGUAUGGCUUGAACCUGUGCCGUCAAUGCUUUAGGGAAUACGCCAACGACAUUGGUUUCAAGAAGUUGGACUAAAUGAAUGUUAUAUUCAAAUUUACCGGAAUUGUACAAGAUCCAAGAAGAUGAGAGAUAAUGUAUAAAUUUUUGUACAUUUAUUAUAAGUGAGAUUGGAAUUUGUAUGAUU